AUGGCAAGCCAAGAUUCCUGGCGCGUGAACGACGCGUCUCAACCUUUCCCACCUACUACAUCAUCGCAUUAUACAGGCGGGACGAUGAGACUGAGCACGACACUCGCCGCAUUAACGUGCUGUUUGGGUGCAACCAUUGCAUCUAUACAAGAAUUCUUGGGUGUUCCAGCUAGUUAUCAAUCUUACGCCCAACACCUUUUCAGUCCAGUGGAGCAUCUUUCAGCUUUAUCCACGUCUGAGUUCACGACGUUCGGACAUCCUGAGUUUCCUCGAUAUGGCGUUCGGAUGAAGAAGUCGUCGUUUUGCGAUGAAACCGUCAACGGAUACACAGGCUACAUCGACAUAGAGGCGCGACACCUUUUCUUCUACUUUUUCGAGAGCAGGAACGAACCCGAUAAAGAUGAUGUGAUUUUCUGGACGAAUGGAGGGCCGGGGUGUUCCUCGUCUUUGGGACUGUUCAUGGAGCUAGGUCCCUGCAGAAUUUCUAAUGCAAAUGGAACAAAAUUCCAUCCCGAAUCGUGGAACAAUAACGCCAACAUAUUCUUUAUCGACCAACCUGUCGGCGUCGGUUUCUCCUACGCUGAGUAUGGAGAGGCAGUGGGCACUACCGAGGAAGCAGCCAAAGAUGUUGCCGCCUUCGUUGCUAUCUUCUUUGAGAAUUUCAGUAAAUUCAAGGGCAGGCCGUUCCACAUGGCGGGCGAAUCGUACGGAGGGCGUUAUGUCCCAGUGUUUGCAGCAGAGGUCUACGAUCAAAACUCAAAGCUUGUCAAGGCUGGAAUGACGCCAAUCAACCUCGCCUCGAUUAUGAUUGGCAACGGCUUUACAUAUGCACUCCCAAUGCAGGCCUCGAUGUACGAUAUGGUCUGCACACCAGCGUCCGUGCCUCCUCUCCUCAGUAUUGGAGAGUGUGUGCGAAUGAAGCAAGCGCUUCCAAGAUGCGAAAAAUGGAUGAAGGAAUCUUGCUUCGAUACUUUCGAUGCUAUAGGUUGCUCUGCGGCAGUAACCUUCUGUGGAAACGAACUCGAGGGCCCAUUCUGGGCAAUAAAUUUGAACCCGUACGAUCUGACCCGCGAAUGUGACGGCGACAUAAACGACACCCUUUGUUACCCCAUUAUAAAGCAAAUCGCAUCUUACCUCGAUCACCCUGCCGUGCGCUCUGACCUCGGCGUCGAUCCAAGCAUCUCAGCAAAUUUUUCUUCAUGCUCAUACGACGUCGGUACAGCUUUCGCCCAAAACCUCGAUGAAUUCCGCCCAACACACCACUACGUCGCUGCCCUCCUUGAGCGUGGGGUCAGGGCGCUCAUCUACGUUGGCAAAAACGAUUGGAUAUGCAACCAUGUCGGUAAUGAGCGGUGGACGCUGGACCUUGAGUGGACUGGCGGGGCCGAGUUCAGAAAACAGGGGCUCAGGGAGUGGAUUGUGCAGGACCAAGCAGCUGGAAUGACAAGGAGUGCAAAGGGAUUGACUUUCGCAACUAUUGAAGGGGCCGGACAUAUGGUUCCAUAUGAUAAACCGAAGGAGGCACUCGAAAUGGUUAAUCGAUGGUUGGCUGGGAAGGAGCUGUAA